AGUAUACCAUGCAGCUCCAUGGUAAAGUAUACUCGAGACGGGCUUGACACUGGCAGAUAAUAUUUUCGGGAACAUUUUUAUUGUUAAAUUCUGAUUCAACCUACAAUAAACAAUGGCGUCAUUCGUCUCCAGUAAUUGUCUAUUCACGGGACUUCGGGUUACAUUCUAUCGAACGACAAGGGAGCAUUAUGGAAAAUACUUGAGAAAUCGCCAGGUUUUCACAAGGAGCUGUAAUAUGCAGCGAGAAACCACCACUAUGGAAACCGUAUACCAUCAGUUUCAAAGGUUUUUGAAAGAUAUCCUGAAGGCAAGUCCAGACAAAUACCCCAAGUCAUAUCAUCUGAAGCAGUUCGGUUGGAACGAUUUCAACAAAAUUGGAGCCAUUCACCCUCAUUACCAUGUAGGAUACAGUCUGCUGGCAGCAUUACAGCAUUCACCAGUCGCUGCAGAUGGCGAGCCUGACGAGAGCACCUCUUACUUUGGCCGCUGUUUCAGUCUAAACUUCCUACUUGCAUACCACUCUACCAAUUUCGUUUCCAGGCCAGUCAGAUACGAUUCCUACAUUGCCUAUCUAGGGAGGACAUCUACGUACAUCGGCAUUGAACUUCGAGAUGACGAGUCCAACCUGCUUUACAUGACAGGCCAAAUGCAAUGCAUGACGAUUGACCUGAAAGAAAAGAAGCUCUUACCGGUUAGUCUGGAAUCAAUCAAGAAGUAUGAGGGUAAGAUCACGCUGAAGGAGGCCCCAAAGAGGCAUCAGUUCAUACCCAUGCAGUUUGCGAAAGAUGAUGUCUUCAAGUGGAAGACUGCAAUUCAGUGGAGUGACGUGGACCACAAUGGGCAUGUUAAUCAAAUGCCGUACAUGCGUUUCAUCUACGAUGCAGGGAGUUCUGCAGCUGUGGCGGGGUUCCUCAAGUCCUUCCACCGAGAGCUGAUCCACUACAGAUUGAAGACCUACGCUGUGGAGUACAUUAAGGAGUACCAUCAAGGACAAGAGCUUAAGAUUCUCUGUUGGGAGAUGAAGGACAAUCCGGGUACAAUCCAUUUUGAACUGCAUGUUGAAGGCAACGUCGUCAGUAGGAGUCAUCUGAUAUUCGAUGCACAGCAUCUGGCGCAACUUUAGAAUCGAGAUCCCCUUUAGGAGACCUCUUGUCGAAAGACCGAGCAACGUCUUUCGUUCAGGGGAGCGUUUCAUGAAAGGAGUUGUCAGACGUUUUAUCCGACAGUUAGGCUAGCUACCAUAGUAACACUGCUUCCUAGCCAAUCAACAUCAAGGGAAGUUGUCAAAUCUGAAAACUUGUCGGACAAAAAUGUUGAUUAAAUGCUCCCCAGGAUUCCUGCAUGCAUCCCUUCAUCUCGAAUCCACAUAAAGACGGUGUGAAAGAAUUGUCAUGGAGUUCCUUACGCGCAGCGCACUUUGUUAAAGCGCCCCCAAUGACCAAGGCGGAAAAGGGAAGGACCCAAGCAAUUUUCCGACUAGACAUCGCAACUAUCAUCAUUAAUGUUAUCCUUAACACAUUUUUUUUUUCGAAAGUAGACGGCUGUGGACCUGCGUUUUUUUAUUUUUUUAGGCGAACCCCUUCCGUUUUCAUGGUUUUGUUACAUCAUUUGUUUCGCAGAUUAGUCAGAUUCGUUCUUGUUAAAUUGCUUCUAGUUUAAAUUUAGUUUUUCUCGGUGUUGUCUUUCUCGACUUUAGUAAGGCAUGUGGUUCAGUUUUUUUUAGAUUAAUAAAUAAGAUGAAAUUUACGUCAAUUCCUUAUAAUUUAAUUGCCCCUUUUUCAGAAUUGAAUAUCGACAAGUUUCAUCUGGCGCUAAGGAAAGAGAAUAGGAAUAACAUAGUUAACAUCGUCACUAUUAUCAAAAGUUUCUUAACAGUCAAAAAAGUAAAAACUAAACUUUUUGGUGAUAUGUCCUUUUCAAGCUCUGCACCACGUCUUUGGAAUACUCUUCCAGCUUCCCUCCGUUGUAUCCCAAAUAUCGCAUCGUUUCGAUCCAAUUCAAAGACGUAUCUCAUGAAGAAAACAUAUUCAACAUAGACCCAUUUACAGUGUCCUUGAUAUUUUUAAAUAUUUUGUUAUAUGAUUUCUAAUUUUACUUUUGUUUGUAGGCCUAUAUUUGUUUUUUUUGUCUAUAGGCGUAUCCCGCCACAAGCCUAAGCUUUUAGGGUAUACACCUUCCUUAUUACAUGUACAUACGUAUAUUUUUCAUAACAAAUUGAUUUAUGUUUGAAUUAAUGUUUACAAGAAAAAUAUGUGAUGAAAUGGAUGAAAAUAAAUGUUUUAUUUGAAUUGACU